AUGGCCGCCGCCGUCCCAGCCACCUUCCGCACCCUGCUCCAGCACGCGGUGGCUGGCGGCGUCCCCGUCCCGCUUCCCAGCGUCCGGUUCCAGAGCCUGCAGCGCCACCGCGUCGGCCUCCGCCUCCUCGCGCCACCGCGUGGGCGCCCCGUCCUACUCCCGCCCGUCGCCGCCGCUGCAGCCGGCGAGGAAUUCUCUUCCGACGGAGAGGAUUUCGCCUGCGACGAGGGCGAGGAGUUCUUCGACGAGGAAGAGGGCUCCGAGCCGGAGGAAGCCGAGGCCUCGCGCGCCUACUCGCCGCCACGAAGCCGCCCGACGCGCGGCGACGAGCCCGGUCGGCUCUUCGUCGGCAACCUGCCCUAUACCUAUACCUCCGAGGAGCUCGCUCAGGUCUUCGCUGAGGCCGGCAGGGUCGACGACGCGCAGAUAAUCUAUGACAAGGUGACCAACAGGAGCCGGGGCUUCGCCUUCGUCACCAUGGCCACCGCCGAGGAGGCCGCCAAGGCCAUCCAGAUGUUCAACGGCGCCCUGCUGGGAGGGAGGACGGCUAGGGUGAACUACCCGGAGGUGCCGCGUGGCGGGGAGAGGAGAACGGUCACCAUGGCUGGCCGCAGGCGUGACAAUGGCACAUACAAGAUUUAUGCCGGCAACCUGGGCUGGGGAGUGCGUGCCGACACAUUGAGGAAUGUGUUUGAGGGUCGGGCCGGCUUGGUCGAUGCCAGGGUCAUCUUUGAGCGUGAGACUGGCCGCUCCAGAGGGUUUGGGUUCGUCUCCUUCAGGACCGCAGAGGAUGCACAGGCUGCAUUGGAGGCUUUGGAUGGAGUGGAACUGGAAGGGAGGCCGCUUCGCCUUAGUCUGGCGGAACAGAAUCCACCACCUGGUCCUCCACCUAGUACUGCGCAGGCACAGCAGGAAGAAACCGAUUCAGGCACAUCUGAUGCAGAGACUGAAGCAGCCAGUUCUUCAGAAUUAUCUGAAGCAGAGUUGGACGAUAGCAACUUGCAGACAGCUGCAACUUAUUAA